AAAACGACAAAUAAAAACCCAUACCUAUUCUUCAUCCAUAAACAAGUAUGAUUGUCAAAAGUGUGGUUUUGGCGUCAAUUGUACUUCGGUUAGUGUUCUUUGCAUAUGGGCUCUACCAGGAUGAGAACAUGAAUGUCAGGUACACGGAUAUCGACUAUCUUGUGUUCUCAGAUGCCGCCAACUAUGUUUACAAUGGACUAUCUCCGUACAACAGGGAGACGUACCGAUAUACGCCAUUAUUGGCGUGGAUUCUUGUGCCCAACAGUUAUGGCGGCUGGUUCUACCACUUCGGUAAAGCUGUGUUCAUGGUGUGUGAUGUGAUAACUGGAAUAUUAAUCUUGAAGUUGUUGAGACUUAAGACCAGUUCCAGCAACAAACUGGCGGUGCUCUCGGCCAUCUGGCUUUUGAACCCCAUGGUGAUAACCAUCAGCACGCGAGGAUCCAGCGAAAGCAUUUUGACGGUGAUGAUCAUGGCGUCCAUAUACUAUUUGUACAGAAAGUCGGUGGUGAGUCUGGCCAUUUGGCUAGGGUUUGCCAUUCACUUCAAGAUCUACCCGGUGAUAUACUUGCCGAGCAUCAUGUUGUAUUUGGUGCGCUUUGGCAAGCCAUUUAUUGAUUUGCCGGUACUUCGAUGGGUGAAUACUGUGAACAUCAAAUUUGCAGUGGUAACAGUGUUGACAGUUCUGGUGCUCAACGGCGUGAUGUAUCACUUCUACGGCUACGACUUCUUGUACAAUUCGUACUUGUACCACUUCAGCCGUUUGGACCACAGACACAAUUUCUCAUUAUACAACGUGUUGUUGUACUAUAAGUCUAGCAUGGAUGGCACCGAAACUGGCCUCCUAAGAAACAUUGAGAAGUUUUCAUUCGUGCCCCAAUUGGCAUUGGCCGGAAUAAUACUCCCACUCAAGUUCGCUCGCCGGGACUUGGUUUCCAACUUGUUCUUGCAAACGUUUGCAUUUGUCACCUUCAACAAGGUGAUCACGUCUCAGUACUUCAUCUGGUUUUUGAUCUUUUUGCCGCAGUACCUCGCACUGUCGGCGUUGGUGAGGGCCCGUUACGUAAGGGGGAUUGUGGUUCUAGUGCUCUGGGUGGCCACUCAAGCAUUAUGGUUGUAUUUCGCCUACAAGUUGGAGUUUUUGGGUGAAAGCACGUUCGACAACGGACUCUUGUUAGCGUCGUGUGUGUUUUUUAUUUCCAACUGCUGGAUACUACGUGUGUUCAUCGACGAUACCGAUACCACCUGCUAAAGUGCAAAGUUUGUGUAUAGAUAACGAUAGAAACGACCCCAAUCCAAUAAUUGCAGCCAUUGUUCGCAUCGCGAUCGCGAGAAAAAACUUCUGAGUAUAACCAA